UGCGAAGUCUACAGGAUUUUUCUGCUAGACAAGUUUUGUAAAAUUUUACUCCUGUUGUGUUUGUGCGCUUCUGCCAGAACAAGAACUUACAGUCUUAAAUCGUACAUGCGUUUUUUUCGAAAGCUUUCGUUUUUUCAGCAGUUACCGAAAGUUUCCGUUGGUGAUUAAUACCGAGUACUGACGUGAGUUUUGCCUUCUUGACAUUAUCUCAACAAGUCUGUCUCAUCAUCAUCAGUCUCAACUUGAGACUGAUGAGUCUAUAUCAAGGUUUUGCUGUUGGCCGUGUUUUACCAAUUGCUGCUUCUAUUCUUAUAGGAUUUUUUUGCCGAAAUGUUCUUGAGUUGAACGAAAAGGCUUUCGCAAAUGCUAGUGCGAGGAUCGGGCGAUCUGCGUAGUACUUUUAGGACUCGCCUUGUUGAUUUCUACGGCCGUGCUUAACUCCAUCGGUCGAUCCACAGUAGGCACUAGGCACACUGGGCCGCCAUUUCUAAUCAGCAGCAGCGAUCCGUCUCGCGAAUGCCUACCGUCCGCACUCGCCAUCACUCGCGCGUAACAGAAUCAUGGAACAACUUUGUCGCGCUGGUGGCCCAGGCCAGCAGCGGCCAUGAAGUGGCAUUUCGCCAGGCUCUCUUCACUGCUGUCGGGCAGUUCUUCCUCGUGCUGGUUCUGCUCGUCGGAUACCAGGUGUACUUCAUCCUCCAGACAUUCCUCAAACCCCUGGCAUGGGCAGCCUUGAGUGGCACUAUAUUGUUUCCACUGAAAGCCUACUUGGCACAUGGAAUUCGCGGUUGGAUUCUCCGUAUGAAGGCCUCGCGGACUCCGCUGGUGGUGGGACUUGUUAUCACACCAUUUAAAUUGGUGGAUGCUGGAUUUAAUUACUUCGGAGCCGAAGUGCUGGAGUUCUUGCUUAAUCAUUAUGUGAAGAUAUUUUGGGGAAUUGUCGUCAUGGCCGGGUAUCUAAUUGGACAAGUUGCUUUAUGGAAUCACAUGGAAUUUUUGAUGAAGCUCAGUGCAGUGUUUGGAAGAAUAUUGGGGUUUUUCAGCUCCAAAGCCAUUUGGUUCCUAAUUUUUCCAUACAUUGUUGCUGUGAAUUCUCUGUGGACUCCGCAACACCGCGCGACGCUUCGCAUGUUAGCGUGGCCAUUAUGGAUAUGGUUGGGACUCCAUCUCUGCUCCCUUCUUGGCUCAAUGGCUGCGCCGGUUUUAAUCGUCACUGGUGUAGUUUUGUGUCUGGGCUUCGUGACGGAAAUGAAGGUGGUCAAAGGAAAAAUCCUCCGUUCGCGUUCCAUGAAAACCAUGAACCAGACUGUCGAUUCCCCGGACGAGAUAACGGAAGAUGCCGAUAAAAUCAGUGAUUCUUUCUGGAAAGUGCUCACUUCGUCCUUCUAUCAUUUAGUCAACGAUAGCUUGAUCGGGACGAAUCAUAGUGGCGGUGAAGGUGUUACAUCGGACGAUGAAGAGCCACCGGCGGAGCAGACGGCCAGCCCGAUUCCCAUACCCUCCGCACUGACCGCAGCCGGACAGUUGAAAUUAUUUGCCGUAAAUCAGGAUGCAGCUCAAGGAACGAGAUACAUGCUGUAUUUGUUCUGGAUGUUUGUUUUGGUGGAAGUGUUGUCACAUUACUACAUGAUUCCGGUGAUUUUAAUACCUGUCGCCUAUCGGCUGGUGAGGACGGUGGGGCAGAAACGCGGAGCAUGGAUAGCCCUAGCUGAAUAUUUUUGGACUUUGCGGAAUCAAUGUGUUCGGUGGGUUAUGACAAGAAAAGAUGUUGUAGCACCGACGCCGCUGCGAGGUUUGAUGCGGUUGGCCAAGCAGGGUGAUCAUAAGGUCAUGAGCGUUUUGGAAGAUUGUGUCGACGAGACAGUCAGCCUGAUGCUGGUGCUGAUGAUGUUUAUAACCAUGGGAAUCUGCGGCAUCAUUACAACGAUGCAGGUCCAACAGGAAACGGUUUACCUUGUAGGAUUAUCGGGAAAUUUCUUAAACGAAACAAUCGUAAAGCAUCCUGAAUUGCUUGAAUGGCUUCCCGAAGGCGCUCAGGUGCAGGAGACGGUUCAGUCGGCUAUGGAUUCAGUAUACAUGUACGCUCGUGACUGGAUGAUUGGCACGAUGCGGGACGCUAUUGCCGACACAAACCUUACUCGUGUUGCAUUAAUCGAAAAGGAUAUCCUAGCUAUCGCUGACCGAGUGUAUCGGUUUUAUGUGCCGCGUAAUGAUUACGCUGACCAUCCGCAUUCCCUUCUUCGCCAGUCUUCGGUUUGGGGAAAUCGCUCCUUGCAGCAUCCUCUUUCGUCAUUGCUAACUUCGGAAGAUGAAGAUGGAAGUUGGUUGUUCAAUUUUUGGUCGCAGUUUAACGACACUUGGCAUAAGGCUGCUAGUGCCCUGGAUUGGUCUAACAUCAGCUCUUACGUGAAGGACAAUUUGGAAACGCUGACAUCCAUUGCCGAGUCAGUGUGGAAUGUUUGCAAAGGAAAUUUUUCCAUGCUGUUUUCCCUUGUGACCACCAUCCUUUCGAUUAUUGUGAUGUACUUCUCAGCUUUAAUGCAUUUUAUUUUGUGCAUUUUUGUAUACAUUGCCGCUUUGUAUUAUCUGCUGGUGUCGAGCAAGGAUUCGUACCGACCACUGGAAUUUGUUGGCAUGAUCAGUCCCCGAAUUGCGGAAUAUGGCCAUGUUGCCGAAAUUAUCGAACAGACAAUCAGCGAUAUCUUCGCAGCCUCUUUCAAAAUGGCAGCUUUUUAUGGAUUCUACACAUGGGUAUUACUUUCAUUAUUCAGCGUUUACAUCAGGUUUAUUCCAUCCGUAAUGGCCGCAAUGUUAGCGGUUUGCCCUUUGGUUCCCCCAUACGUAAUGGCCAUACCCGCGGUGUGUGAGCUCUGGUUUAUUCGGGGAGAAUACGUACCCGCAGUUCUUCUUGUGAUAAUGGCAUGUACGCCCAGCAUGUUUGUGGACAUUGCGAUUUAUGGAGAUGUGAAAACCACUCAUCCCUACAUGUUUGGAUUAAGCGUGGCCGGUGGAUUAGUGACUAUGGGUCUCGAAGGAGCUGUUUUUGGUCCUGUGAUGCUCUGCAUAUUACUGGUUGUUGUUCAAGUUUACCGGCGCAUUUUACAGCCCACUACCGAACGGGCCAGCGUGUCCGUAUCGAAUUUGAUGGUCGCGCCUUUACCCACUUCACUCCCCACGUUAUCCAACAGUCUGUUACCCACUCCUAGUACUCCAGAUAUGGAUAUUGCGCGGGGAAUUAGCGGAUUUCUUGACCGGCAGGAAUCUCAGUCUUCGUACACAGGCGCUUUAUUUGCCACUGGCGAGAAGGUGGUGGAGUCUUCGGCAACAUCCACCACUACAUUGGACGAAGAACCUAAAGCGGAAGCGCUGUCGUCGUCAAGAAGACGUGAGAGGCUGCAUCACAGUACACCCAGGGAUAGCGCGUCGUUCUCGACGAAUUCGGAAUUUGGUCAAAGUCCCAUUGCGCAUGCUGAUUAAUUUAUUUCUGGAAGAUUCACCAGUCCCAAGUUUUAUCAUGGAAUGUCAUGGUUGCACAUUGUUGCGAUACGUUCGUUGUUCUCGACUUGUUCCCUUUGAUUGGAAUUGAUCUCAU